AUGAAGAAACCGAUUCUGGCCAACCUUAAAGUGUUUGGAUGCCACGCGUAUGUUCAAGUGCCUCAAGACAAACGCGCGAAGUUCGACUCCAAGUCAUCACUCUGUCGUUUCCUGGGAUACGCCGAACACCAGAAGUCAUAUCGAUUUGAGGAAGUGUCAACAGGAGCGAUCAAGAUCAGUCGCGAUGCCACAUUCAUGGAAGACAAGUUUGAUGAAGGUCCGCGCAACUACAACGAUGAGUCAAGUGCCGUUGAGUUUGAUGAUCAAGACGAGGACGAAGAAAAAGAAGAAGGUAAAACUGACGACGACAUGGACUCGAGCGACGAUGACAACGAAGACACCAGGUCUUCGAAGAGCAACAUCAAGAGACACACGCGCACUCAAUCACUUGAGAAAGCUACCGUCAUUCAAGUCCCAAGCGAAGAACUGGGGGAAACGCCGACUACAUUCAAGUCGGCGAUGGAAUCAAGCGACUCCGGCAAGUGGAAAGAAGCGUGUGACUCGGAGUUCGACUCGCUUCAGAGAAACGACACGUGGGAAAUCGUGCCUCUUCCGAAGGUCGCAAGGCCAUCGGGUGCCGAUGGGUUUUUCGUGUAA